CAUACAGUGACGUGACGUUUUAUUCUUAUUAUUUGUUUUUGUUUGUUUUAGUUAACAUACAUUUGAAAAGCUUGGGAUUCGCUCACAACGUCUGCGUUUCGUCAAACCUGGUAUGACGAUCGAUUAGUCGGGUCUGAGCAGGUGUUUUCCAACUCAACAGUUUGUGUUUGUGCUGUAAACAGAAACUCUCAUUUCCUGGAAACAAUAAAUGACAUUUGGUCCAAGGCAUGAAUGUCUUCAGGUGCUCUCUGGAAAUGAAAUAAAGUUGGAACGCUUAACUCUGGAAAUAUAAACUAAUAUUCAAAGUUGACCAGAAAUGCUUAUAUUUGUUCUCCUGCUGUGUCACUUCACUUUAUGUGGACACUGUGCGUGUAUGAGAAAAACCCUACAAACACCAACAGAUCUAGACAGUAAAGUGUUUGUUGUGGACCAGGAGGCCAACACAUUUUUAGGACGCCACCUGUUGUUCAACCGCUUCGACUUUGAGAUCUUCACCCCAGGUAAUCUAGAACGGGAGUGCUACGAGGAGAUAUGCAAUUACGAGGAGGCUCGGGAAGUCUUUGAGAAUAUCCCUGAUACAAAUAACUUUUGGAAGAUAUAUACAGCGGAUCAGGGUGAAUCCCAAUCUAAAGUUGAUGUAACAGCAUUGCUGGUGGGCAUUAUCUCCGCUGGAGUCUUUAUUGUUAUAGUUGGCCUCCUUAUCUGGUACUUCUGCAAGGGGAGGAAUAAAGACCAUGGCUUCCGAGGCUCCAUCAGACGCCGAUCCACCCGAAGCAAUGCCUCUGUGAUCAUCCGGAGACUGGAGGAGGUCUCUCUGCAUCCUAUUCCUCACACAGGCUCCAAUUCCAGCCCAGAUGCUCAUGGUUUACCUUCUUAUGACCAGGCCAUUGCCAUCAAUGGACCACAUGAUGCCCCGCCUCCGCCGUAUCCUGGUUCCAGGCCUGGCAGCAGCCGACGAUAACUAUACCAUUGUUUGCCAAACUGAAUCAGGAUGGACUAAACCAUUUUUUUUUUUUUUACUGAAAUGAAAAUGUGUUAAACCAUUCGGAUAUAACUCCCUGGAAUAUCCCACUAAUAUAAUUAUUGGUAAAAUUUGGUAAUGCAUUGCAGCUUUAAGUCUUGUUAGGCAAUUAAUUAAAACAUAUUUUUGUAUUGUGUAGAUAGUUAGAACUAAUCUAGAAAGAUAAACUUUAAAACCUAAUCACCAUUUUUACUCUUUUUCAAAUUAUUUUUAAUAGUGUUUAUUUAAAACUAUAACCAUUGAAAUCUAGUUAUGAUUGAUCAUAAUAUUUCAUUUAAUAUGGUGGGCUUUUAUGAAGGACACAUAAUUGUAUAAUUUAUUUUAGUAUGCUAUAGUCGAUUAUAACGAUCUAGAGUGUGACUUUGAAUUUGUGUACUGACUGGAUCAGUGUUUGGUGUAUAUUUCUGAGAAAUAAUUCUGUGAACAGCACUUCAAAAACAAGAUUACCUCCUCUAAUGUCAGGGCACGUAUGUCACGCUGUGAUUUUGCACUAAACCUUGUGCGUAUAGAUAAAUUAGUUCUGUUGCUUUCAUCUUAUUUAA